GGGGAAGAAAAAGAUCGGAUUACAAGAUGGCGGUCUGUGGACGAUAGUGAAGAGGCCGUCGUAGUUGUUUUCAACGGUGAAUUUUACAGUUCGAUAGAUAUCCUGCUUUCUGCGGGUAAAAAAAAAACAAUCAGCCGCGUAAUAUGUUCAUUAAUUAGCACAUUAUUGUAAAUCAUACUCAGAUGUAUGUCUGGGACAUGCGGGUAGAAACACGUUUGAAGCUCGGGGAUAAGAACAUAGCUAGACAACUAUUUUAAAGAUCGGGUGAACUAACGUUAGUGUUGGCUUGCUAACGCGUUAGUUUUUCCUCAAGGUAACUAUGUCGGAUACUCGGCGGCGUGUGAAAGUAUACACGCUGAAUGAAGACCGACAGUGGGACGACAGGGGCACAGGACAUGUCUCGUCUACCUUUGUCGAACGACUAAAGGGAAUAUCAUUAUUAGUUCGGGCCGAAUCCGACGGCUCACUUCUUCUGGAGUCUAAAAUCAGCCCAAAUACUGCAUAUCAAAAACAACAAGAUACUCUGAUCGUGUGGUCUGAAGCAGAGAACUAUGAUCUGGCUCUGAGUUUUCAGGAAAAAGCUGGCUGUGAUGAAAUCUGGGAAAAGAUUUGUCAGGUGCAGGGAAAAGACCCUGCGCUGGAGAUCACCCAGGACCCCAUCGAUGAGUCUGAGGAGGAGCGCUUCGAGGAGAUGCCAGAGACCAGCCACCUGGUGGAGCUGCCUCCAUGCGAGCUAGCCCGGCUGGAGGAGAUCGCUGACCUUGUGACUUCUGUCCUGUCCUCGCCCAUCCGCCGGGAGAAACUGGCCCUAGCCCUUAUGAGCGAAGGUUACAUGAAGAAGCUACUGCAGCUCUUCCAGGUGUGUGAAGACCUGGACAACCGUGAGGGCCUACAUCAUCUGUAUGAGAUUGUGCGUGGCGUGCUUUUUCUCAACAAGGCGGCUCUGUUCGAGGUCAUGUUCUCAGACGACUGCAUCAUGGACGUAGUGGGCUGCCUGGAGUACGACCCGGCGCUGGUGCAGCCCAAAAGGCACCGCGAGUUCCUCACCAAGACGGCCAAGUUCAAGGAGGUGAUCCCCAUCACGGACUCAGAGCUACGGCAGAAGAUCCACCAGACGUACCGUGUGCAGUACAUCCAGGACAUCAUCCUUCCCACUCCUUCUGUCUUCGAAGAGAACUUCCUUUCCACCCUCACAUCCUUCAUUUUCUUCAACAAGGUGGAGAUAGUCAGCAUGCUGCAGGAGGAUGAGAAGUUCCUCACUGAAGUCUUUGCACAGCUAACGGAUGAAGCCACAGAGGACGGUAAAAGGAGGGAACUAGUGAACUUCUUCAAAGAAUUUUGUGCUUUUUCACAAACCUUGCAACCGCAAAAUAGAGAUGCUUUCUUCAAGACUCUGGCGAAUCUAGGCAUUCUUCCUGCUCUUGAAAUAGUCAUGGGGAUGGACGACCUGCAAGUGAGGGCUGCAGCCACAGACAUAUUCUCAUACCUGGUGGAGUUCAGCCCCUCCAUGGUCCGAGAGUUUGUUAUGCAGGAGCCACAGCAGACUGAUGAUGAUGUGCUGCUGAUCAACGUGGUGAUAAAGCAGAUGAUCUGUGACUCGGACCCUGAGCUGGGGGGUGCUGUGCAGCUGAUGGGGCUCCUACGUACACUGAUUGACCCAGAGAACAUGCUGACGCCCACCAAUAAAACGGAGAAGACCGAGUUCCUCAGCUUCUUCUACAAGUACUGCAUGCAGGUCCUAACAGCCCCUCUAUUGGCCAACACUGUAGACGAGAAGAAGUCCAAAGCUCUGCAAGAGGGAUCCACCAAGAUCAACCCAGUGUGUCCUGAUAAUUUCCAGACAGCUCAACUCCUGGCUUUGAUUCUGGAGCUGCUGACAUUCUGUGUUGAGCACCACACGUACCACAUAAAGACAUACAUCAUGAACAAGGACCUGCUACGACGAAUCCUGGUGCUAAUGAACUCUAAACACACCUUCCUGGCGCUGUGUGCUCUGCGCUUCAUGAGGAGGAUAAUUGGGCAGAAGGAUGAGUACUACAACCGCUAUAUUAUCAAAGGGAACCUGUUUGAGCCAGUCAUCAACACUCUGCUGGACAAUGGCACUAGAUACAACCUCCUAAACUCAGCCAUCAUCGAACUCUUUGAGUUCAUCAAAGUUGAGGAUGUUAAGUCCCUGAUAGCACACAUCAUAGACAACUACUACAAAGCACUUGAAUCCAUUGAAUACGUCCAGACGUUCAAGGGCCUAAAGGGCAGAUAUGAGCAGGAGAAGGACCGACAGACCCUGAGACUCAACAGAUAUCGUAGGGAUGCCCGAACGCUGGACGAGGAUGAGGAAAUGUGGUUCCAUGAAGAUGAGGAUGAUGACGAAGGAGAGGCUGUUGAGAAAAGUAGGCCAGAGGAAGAGUUCCCAGAGAGCUACGGAAAGUAUAUGGAAGCAAAAAAAGUUAAAGAGAGUGACGACAAAGAGAACUUCCCAACGCAGACCCCAACUGGCAGCUUUAAGUUUACCUUCUCUCAUUCUGCAGGGGCUGCCAACGGUGCCAACGGAAAGCCAGCUGCCUCACACGCCGCCUCAGCCAGUCCCAACGGCUCCCCAGCCAAGUCGGACGCGACACCCGGCACCCUGGUAGUCAAGGUGAGCUUUCCCUGUCAACUGCCAUUCUAAUUGCCAAGACUGCGAUGGUCGGCCUUGUAGACUACCCUGACGACGAAGACGAGGAGGAAGAAGACGAAGAGCAGUCGCCACGGAAACGUCCCCGUCUGGGCUCCUAAGCCAGUGAAAUCGUCUGGUCUUGGUCAGCUGUGCCACAGUCACAGUCCACUGGACAGAGACCACUCCCACCUUCCUACCCUGCCCCCCCUGCUCCUACGUCCCCAUAUCUGGCCUGUGGACCAGAGAGGUUGAACAGUGCAAUGGUUUCCCUGUUGGUCCAGCAGGGGCGCUGCACUUCACCCAAACCUCAGUCGCUCUACAGAAGGGGGAGCAGGUGCUAAUGGGAGAGCCAGUCAGGCUAGCAGGACUAGCCGCUUAGUAAUGGAAGCUUGAUUGGCUGACCCUACAGAACUGUUCCUUUGGGUUGGGUGGAGGGAACUAGGCAAAGAGGGGGGAUAAGUAACAACAAAAAAAAACGAACCUACAGAAAACAAAAGUUUCUUAGUUCUGAGGAGCAGGACUCAACUGUCGAAGCUGGGGCUGCAUUGCCGAGGCUCACACACAACUAGUCAGGAAUCCACUAUUCAUGAGUUUAAAAGUACUGUACAGGUUGUUGUUUUCAUCAUAUGCCCCUUAAGUGAUUUUAAAAAGGGGAGAGCUAUACCUGCCAGUGUAUUUUUUUUAUUUUUUUGCUGCACAAAUGGUGGGACCACUGUUCACCCUUAAUUAAAUUCAUUGUAGAAAGCAAUUCUGGUAUUAAACUGCAGUAAAGUCAUUUUUGCAGCUCACUGAGAAUGUCUGAAGUUUGUGUAUUCAGGGGCUUUGACUCACUGGCUCCAGCAGGUAUGUAUCUUGUUUUAAAAGAACAGAAACCCUUCUCAGUGGUACAUACUACCGGUGAUCCAGUUCAGUACUCCUGAUGGGUUGAGUUUGUUGCUAGCACACAUCCUGUUGGUCAGAACAUAUUUCAAUCCAAAAUUGCAGCAGUGGUGGCUAGACCAGCUACUGCCAUUUAUAUAGACCAGGGAUGCCCCCUCAUCCCCAUGUUUGUUGUUGAACAGUGUGGGUCUCAAUUUACUGUUGGGUUAGAAUAGUAGAAUACACUAGGUGCAAUUUUGUUGCAUCAGUAGUUUCUCUUCUGACAGUCACUCAAUUAGCCCAUGUUGACAAUUGGUAAAUUAGUCUAGGCCAGCUAUCUAAACUUGUGGUCAUGGUUGAAUUACCUACCGGGUGCCCCAUUUUAAUAUAUCUGAUGAUCAACUGCAAACGCAUCCACCCUUUUACAAAAUGUGUAGAUAGGGGCUGCUAAAUUGUUUUGCUUGCAAGGUGGGUGUAACAAUUUAGCUUCGGCACCCAAAGGGCCAGGGCCUACUCUGACUGAAUCUGUGGGUAUGGAUGUGUGUAAGCAGACCUGCGAGCCGUUGCGGCCCCGCUUGUUCAGAUUUUGGGUGGCCCCUACCCCCAGCUAUUGCCUAUCCCUGAUAGACGUAGUUUGAGAUGUCAGGAAGAGGUGGAAAGCAUUUGUCGGAGUACGUACAGCAUCUGUGAAUGCCCAAAUGUAAUUUCAAAUGUCUAGAGGUUUUUCUCCCUGAAAAAUGUGUACAAAGUGCAUUUACUACCACUAUCUCCAUUCUAACAUUUUGUAUACAGUUGAUACGUUUUCAGAUUAAAUGUGACCCUGGCAUUAAA